CUCAUGAACCACAUUUGCUGGGGCACCUGGCGGAAGAAGGUUAGACGAGAAGCUUUGGAGCUGAGUUGGGUCGAGGCGAGUUGAGUUCUCCGUGGAAAACAGUCAAGAGCCAUGUCUUAUAACGAGGAUGACCAAGGAUGGCAGACUGUCGGAGGUGGAGAUGGAGAUGGAGGCAACAGGCGUAAUCGUCGAAACGACAAUGACGAGGAGGGGGGGAAUGAAAAUGUCUGGAACAACAAUCGCAGGCGAAAUGAUGACGAUGAAGGGCAUUAUCGGCCCCCUCGGAGGGACGACAAUGAGGGUGAGACCGGCAAUGCGUGGUCAGGUGGAAGGACUGAUAAUUAUGAAGAGCCAGCUGGGCGCAGACCACAGAGUGGAUCUUACGGUCGUCAGGACUACCAGGCCGAUGAAGAGGCGUGGCCGUCUCUAGGAGAUGACGAGCGUCCUCCGAGAAGGCAAGGGCGGGCCGAUGAGGCAUCAUCUUGGCGUCCUCAAGAGCCAGUUCAGCAACUCCACUCUCAUACGCAAGAGCAUCAGGCAAGUCCAGAAGGAGUGAUUCUUUUAGAGCUUGCUGUGAUGUCUAGAUGAGCUACAGCUCUUUUGUUCAGUCUUCAGUUGGUGACUCUCUUGACCGCGAUGAAGCAAUGCCGUCGGGUCUCAUGGACUUCCAGAAUUGAUGAUCGUUCAGAUUCCCUGGAAAUGCUGGGGUGGCUGAACCGAAAUUUCCAGCAGGUGAAGCUUUUAGAAUAGACUGGCACUCCGUUCAAUGUGCAAACGGGACGUUUUUCAGCUCAAGGUCAGUGAAAGAUAGCUCGUCAGUACCUUAAGUUUCAGUUACGUGAGCUCCAAAGUGGCUGGCCAUCUUUUUGGUGCGCGGGAGGGAUUUGGAAGAUGGACGACUUUCUUUCCAUCUUGCUGGUCACACUUACAGAUGCAUACGUAGGCUGGACUCUGGAUUUUGAACUUGACAGAUGCAAGGUGUGAAUGGGUUUUCAGGAGAAAAAGGAAUCUAAGUUUUCCAUGCGGGGUAUGUUCUCGGCCUUGAAAAAGACCGUGAAGGCAAAAGUGCAUGAGGUGCUUCAUGAGGUCAGAUUUUGAAACAACGAGUAAUCACUGACACUGCACACUCACGUGGUGGAAUGGGUGCUAAUGUCACUGGCUGCUGCUAUCACCAAAUUCACCUGUGGCAAAGCUAUUUUCUAGUGAAUUAGGUUCACAGCACGAACUGCUUGAGUAUGCUUUCUACAAAAGUGAGUGGCUGUAGAUGUAGGCUACGUACCAUGGUUUCUACCGGAGAGUGCAUGUUGGGGAGGCAAUGCAGGUUAGCCUUUUGGGCUGUUUUCUCAUGGUCUGUGGCCUUGGAGAAUCACAGCCUGGCAAAAACAUUUUGCUUUUGCUUCCUGAUUAGUACUUGACCUGAUGCCGGCAGUUAUAGUAUUCUUCGAGCUAAAUUGUGGGGCCGGGGAUGUACUUGCAGUUGACAGAAGAGUUGAGACACAACUUCAAAUUGCCAGCUAGUGAGCAGCAAUACGCGGAGAGUGUUAGCUCGGAUGUCAAUACCGAUCCAUCGAAUGAUGAACUCGAGGAUGUGGCCGCAGCAUGUGCGAAACUGUGGGAGCUAGAUAUCAACAGGUUGACACCAGGAACGGACUACGAGAUCGAUUGCGGGGAAGGGAAGAAGAUGUACCAGAGGGAGGAUAUGGAAGAGAAUGCUCUAUUCAGGCACUUGGAUCCAUCAGUUUUUCGCAGACCGACAUAUGCACGAUUCGUAGCAUUGCUUGAUAAUUACAACGCCAGUAUGAGCGUGUCGGAGAGGAAAUCCAGGGAAGAGGAGCAGGAAGAAGAAGCGUUCGUUGAGGAGAUUAGCAGGACCGCACCCAUUCAGUACCUGAAGAAAUAUUUGUCUUCCAAGGGAAUCGUCCGAGGAGGUGACGAGCAGUUCAAAAACAUGCUGCGCAACUUGUGGUUCAAAAUGUUCGACAGAAGUGGCACUGAUGACUCCUCGUCAGCUUUUGAGCACGUGUUUGUUGGGGAGAUCAAGCGCGGCAGAGACAACUCGGACGAGGUGUCCGGUCUCCACAACUGGAUUCAGUUUUAUCUCGAGGAAGCGAAAGGAACUCUAGAUUACCAAGGUUUCAUCCUGCCAAGGCGAAGGGGAGACGAGCUGCCUGAUUCACAAUCGCAGCUGCUGACCGUGCAAUUCAAGUGGAACGGUUUUCUGAAGCCGUUGAGCAGUACCUUGGUGGGUGUGAGCCCCGAGUUCGAGAUGGCUCUCUACACCUUGUGCUUUUAUGGUGGACAAGAAGAUAAUCACGUACAAUUGGGUCCCUACUCCGUGAACAUCAAGGUUUACCCGCUCGGCCGUAACGGGAUUGGCUCAGCUUUCCCCAUAGCCGAAGAGUAAGUGUACUGAUUUAUCUCAGAAGCAGGCUUGCAGGUUGAGCAGCAACUCAUUUGGGAUGAUCAACAGCAGUCACAUUGCCUGCGUCCUCUGAAGGCCGAGGCGGUCCUAGAGUCCAGCCAUCGAUGUAAAUCAUUCAGGCCUCGAAGAUGCUCGAGCCCAGACAAAGUUCAGAAGGCCCCUCUAUGUUCAUGCUAGACCAUGCUAUCGUGCUCUGUAGCUACAAUUGACCAGGAACACGAUGCUGCAAGUUGGAAGCAGGUAGUUGCACUCCUCUGCGCUUGCAGAAGGAAAUGUGCCCUUCCAAACACCCAUGAAAGUGGGUCGUCAUACAAAAGGAAGACCUUCCUAUUCCUGUACAUGGUGCUAUUGGUGUUAAUUGUUGUGAAAAUUGUCAAUGAACACAAAGAUCCAGACGAUCGUCAUAUCAAUUGUUCUCAGGAGAGCUUCUCGCCAGUUCCAGUCCGUUCAUGUUGAUGUCUGUCAUUUACAAGCAGACCUUUCUGUUCACCGCCAUUGUUUUUGAGUAUGAUCUGCAAGGUACAGUAGUCUCCCGGUUAAGUACCCAUUUUUUUUGCACAAAAAUAGGGUUCAACCCAUGACAUGUUCUUUCAUUUGGUUUAUGGUCAAAAAUUGUUACACCUCCUAGUGGUUGUCUCACAUCUAAUUAGAGCGUGAACCUCUAGUGGAUGAUAUAUACUCGUUUAACAUUAGAGACAAACUCUAACAGUAGAGAAAAAAGCAAGCCAUUAUCGCAAAAUGAAGAAAAGAUUAUAUCAUCUUUUUGAGGUUUUAGAUUAUAUUGGGUUAUAGAGUCCAUGAUAAAAUUUCAAAUCACUCUCCUAGAAGCGACACCUUUGACAACUCACUUGGCAAUUGAAUACGACUUGGCAAUUACAAAUAUGUGCUGGAGUCCAUAUAUGAUAUCAAUAAACUCAAUGCAAUAUUUUUU